UCAAAGUCAACAUGGCGUAGCGUGGUGUCGCAAGACGACUAGACCUGCAAUGUAAAUUGUCAUCUAAUACUAAAUUGUCGCCCCCGUUCUGUUCGCACCGGCUGACGUGACGCUCCCGUCAAAUUCGUCGCACUAUGCCAGCAAGCAAGGAGGCUGGCAAAGCAAGCAUCAAGGCCCUAAUAUAGAAGACCUACAGCGUUCACUACAUCCGUCCACGUGUGGCAUAGGAAACAUCCAGUGGUGCUUGAAGUAUUCACAGGCCCCGAUGACGAUGCAUGGCAGUGUCCCCGACUACGGAAGGCACACCAGCGGGCCGUGCACCUAGCCUAAAACAGUUUGUUGACCGGCAAGAGGUGGCCAUGAUGCUAAGAAGAUGCAUUGCGGUGCCACUGUGCAUGCUGUUAUGGCCUACGCUCGCCUGGGGACUGCAAAAGCCGCAUAUUGUCGUCAUCAUGGUCGAAAGUUUGGGUUGGGCUGACGUCGGCUUCCACGGUUCGCGCCAGAUGCACACCCCCAACAUCGACGCUCUGGCGGCGGACGGCGUCAUCCUCAACAAGUACUACACCCUGCCUUCCGGCGUGGCCUCGAGGGUUGGCCUCCUCACCGGGGUGUAUCCCUACCGAGCAGGUAUAACAAGAACGAUACACCCUUCGCAACCGACUGCGCUCCCUACACUAUUCACGACGCUACCGACGUUUCUGAAGCACUUGGGCUACGCUACGCACUUCGUUGGAGUUUGGAGCCUGGGCUUCUUCAAGGACGAGUUCACGCCCGAGAACCGCGGCUUUGACACGGCCUUCGCAAAGUGGAGCGGACCGGGUGACUACUGGACACACGUUUCGUCGGAUCGGAAGUACAACUACUUUCACGGCUACGACCUGCGGCUAAAUCGGGAGGUGCUGUGGAACAAGACGGGAACAUACGCGACCCGCGCCUUCACGGAAAGGGCAACGGAAAUCAUCGCACACCACGACAAGUCGAAGCCUCUGUUCAUGCUGAUCGCUCAUCAAGGUGUCCAGGCAGCCAACGACUACGGUUCAGUUCAGUGUCCACCCGAGCACCUGGAAACAUUUGCGACCAUCGCACACAGAAAAAGGAUCCUACUGGCCGGUGCCCUGGCCGAAGUGGACGACUCCGUGGGCAAGGUGUUCGGCGCGCUGCACAACCGGUCCAUGCUAAACGACACGGUGCUGGUUUUCGUCUCCUCCAGCGGUGGCCUCGCGGAUCGGGAAGACGAGAGCAGCAAUUGGUCCUUCAACUGGCCCCUGCGAGGCACCAAGGGAACGUACUUCGAAGGCGGCAUCCGGGUGCCCGCCUUUGUGUGGAGCCCGCUUCUCGGCGACGGGUCCCCGCGAGUGUCCACUCAAUUGAUGCACGUCACCGACUGGCUUCCGACACUAGUAAACGUCGCCGGCGGGGAUGCGAAGAUUUUAGGAGACCUGGCCGACUUCGAUUCGUUCAACCAAUGGCCGACGAUCAGCAAGAGCCUCGUCUCGCCAAGGAAGUCCAUCAUCCACAACUUCGACCUAGCCCGCCAAAAUUUCGUGAUCCUUCUGGGUCAAUACAAGGGCUUAAUCGCCCAGCACCGCAGCGUCAGCUGGGUCAGGAAGUCGAAGUGGUUCCCACUUCAGGGUCUUGAGCUCAAGCAACCGUCAAAGUUCGAGAAACGCAUCACCUCCGGCGAGGCCUACAAGGUACUUCAACAGCUUCGUGGCAAAGGCUUCAAUCUGACAGACCCCACAGAAAGGGGCUCUUUACUGAACUGUAAGACCAUCGCGGAGCCCCAGGGUUGUAACCUUGGGCGAGGUCCGUGCCUGUUCGACUUGGCCAAUGACCCGUGCGAGCAAGAUAACGUUGUUGAUAAAUAUCCCGCUGUUGUGGCGAAAAUGAAGCAGACCAUCAUAUACGGCGACAACUACGUUCCCUGGGAGAGCGAGAAGAUGGGGGACUCGGACGCCGACCCGGGACUGUUCGGCGGUGUGUGGGUCCCGUGGCGGAGCCCGCCGCACAACCGUUACCGCCAGAACAAGCGCUCCCGGGACUGUCACUUCGACUGCUGAAGGGCGAGAGCUCUGCGCCGCGUUUCUCCGUCAUUGAUAUCCAUACGGCUUGCCUCAUCCGCCUGUCAAGAAGCAGCCUAAUGAAUGCUAAAACAUAUCCCUGAGUCAGUUACACGCGGGGACUUAUUAAAGAAGGCAGCUAGGAGUG